AUGGCGUUGAUACUCCCCGAGAUGGAGAAGAAGCCCCUCAUCCUGCUGGACAACGGACUCCCGCCCGCUGGUUCCCGCCGCUCGCCGCCCAUGCUGGUGGUGAUGGUGGGUCUGCCGGCGACGGGCAAGACCCUCCUGUCCAAGAAGCUAGCCAAGUACCUCAACUGGAUCGGGCACAAGGCGAAGGUUUUCCGCGUGAGUGACUACCGCCGCAAGCACGUCGAGCUGUACAGCCACGACCUGUUCCGCUGCAGCAACAGCGAGGCCACCGAGAUGCGCAAGAAGUCCGCCAUGGAGGCCAUGGACGACGCCCGCAACUACCUCCUACAGGGCGGCCAGCUGGCGGUGCUCGACGGCACGAACUGUGACAGGGCCACCCGGGCGCAGGUCAUGGACACCUUCGGCUGCCAGCACAAGAUCCGGGUGCUGUUCAUCGAGUGCGUCUGCGACGACGAGGACCUCCUGGAGAGCAACACCAAGGAGAUCCUGAAGCACAGCUCCGACUACAAGGAGAUGAACCUGGAGAAGGCGGUGGAGGACUUCCGCCUCAAGAUGGAGCACUACCUGGAGCAGUACCAGACCAUGAGCGCCAAGCGCGAGCCCACCGUGUCCUUCAUCCGGCUGGUGAACGCGGGCGAGACGGUGACGGCGCGCGGCAUGGACGGCCCGCUGCACGCGCGCAUCCUGAGCAUCGCGCCGCUCUUCGCGCCCACCGCCAAGACGCUGUACUUCUCGCGGCACGGCGAGAGCGAGUACAACAUGCUGGGCCGCAUCGGCGGCGACGCCGACCUGUCGCCGCGCGGCCGCCUGUACGCGCAGGCCCUGUCCCGCUACUUCACGGACAAGGUGCGCGUGCCGGGGCUGCGCGUGUUCGUCAGCGAGAAGAAGCGGACCCAGCAGACGGCCGCCGGGCUGCCCGCCGCCUACCAGGUGCUGCCCGCGCUCAACGAGCUGGACGCCGGCGUCUGCGAGGGCCUCACGUACGAGGAGAUGCAGGAGAAGUACCCGCAGGAGUUCGCGUGGCGCGACCGCGACAAGCUGCGCUACCGCUACCCGUGGGGCGAGUCCUACGUCGACAUCUGCCGCCGCCUGGAGCACGUGCUGCUCGACCUGGAGCACAGCAACAACGUGCUGGUCGUGGCGCACCAGGCCGUGCUGCGCUGCAUGCUGGGCUACUUCCUCAACAAGGACGGCGCCGAGCUGCCCUACCUCAACGUGCCCCUGCACACCGUCAUCAAGCUCACCUCCGAGGGCUUCAACUACCGCAUGGAGAUGGUGCGCCUCAAUGUGGAGUGCGUCGACACCUACCGCAAGCAGCCCCGCAACUGCAGCGACGUGCGCUCCGCCGAGGAGGCCCUCAAGACCGUGCCCAAGCACUUCGACAACCUCAAGUUCUGGGCCAACGCGCCGACGCCUCUGAUAGAGCAGCACUAGGCUUCGCCACAGGUCCUAAGUCGCUGCAGGGAAGCAGCAUUCACUUGAAAGGAAGCAACAUCGACUUGCAGGGAAGCAACAUCGCCUUGCGGGAAAGCAACAUCGACCUGCUGGGAAGCAACAUUGACUUUUGAAACGCGCUUCUGCUGGCCCUGCGGGCCCUGCGGGCGUCGAGCACCCUGCCGCUUGCCUCUGCUAGCGUUGGCACUCCCAACUCCACCGGCGGAGCGUCGCAGCGCUGCGCAGCGCGCCUCGAAUGGAUCUUCUCGUCUAGUUUUAAGUCGGCGCGGCGACGGCGCCCGCCUCGCUCCUUUGCCCUUUGCCACCGUCAGGUAUUCGAAACCGGUGAAUGUCGCCUAGUUUACACGAGAGCGCCUCAGUGUUGCCAGAAUGCAUUAGGCAUGUGUGCUGUAGAAAAUGUGGCGCGGUAUUUUAUGACAGAGCCCGAGGUUGUGUGCGUUGCCGCGUGGCGCGCCGCCGAGCUCAAAGUCCUCGCUUGUAUUAGAAGGAUCACGCGACCAGAGUCGCCUAUUUACUUACCAUCGCUCUGUACCCAAGUGAACGGGUGUAUCGUCUCAGCCUGUGCAAAUGUACAUAAAAUAUGUAGAGGAUUUAACUCAAACUAAAGAAUGCAUGCGGGGUGGACGUUGUCUGUGCAAAUAUUAUAGUCCACGAAAAUCGCGAAUUCUUCUUGCUGUAAACUUAUUGUUUCUUUAAAGAAAGAAAAUCAGCACAGAGAACACGCUCAAAAUCUGGGAUUGAAAUCCUAAACGUCAUCGCUGCUGAAUUCGAGAUUGGACUUUGUUCACGGUCAACUGAUAAAAGUUACCUAAAACUUGCUACAAAAUAGAAGCCUCUUUAGAUGGACGUGGAGUCCGAGGUCGUGCGUCACGCAAAAGAAAACAUAAUACUAUUAAUACUUAAAAUUAAUAACAAGAAUAUUACUAGGGACCGUGUAUGUCCAUAAACUUUCAAUAAUAUUCCAAUAUCCGGUUGUGCUGCGCCAUUUUUCAUCGUCGUCACCAUCAUCUUUUUGUUUCUCCUUCUCGUUAUCGCUGUGAUGGUUCGAAGUCACGGCCGCAGGUCGCCAUCAUGACAUGAGCGCCCCUCGCGGCCGGCAGUGCUCCCAACGCACCAAAUCACUUAUUGUUUUUGAAAAAAAAAGGAGGCCGGCUGUCGCGAUUUUUUUUAAAGCCUCGACGUCUUCCGUAAAUCUCAUAUUGUUUACCAUGUACUAUUUUAUAAUUAUGAUCGGGAAAUCUGGUCCGCGCGGCGCUCAAUAGAUUCUAUUGCUGUUUUUUUUUUGUCUUUUUUUUUGAGAGAAUAGAAUUGGCAGCACGGAUAGUGCCUGAAUCUUGCACGCGCGGGCUGGCCACCCUGUUAUAGGGAAGUGUGUCGUGUACGUGAGAGAAUGUUUCAUUUUUAUUUUCACCAUCCUCGCAACACAUCAUCUCUCUUUUCAUCAUAGACUUGUUUAGCCAUUUAAGAGUACAUGUGAGAGUGAGUGAGACUGUAUGCUUCGCGGGGGACCGUACUUCCCCGAAAUGUGAUUACUAUGUAAGUCUUAGGCAUUCUACGCUAUGAGCGGUAUUUCAGACUAACUAUUAGGAGACUCAAACCAUAUUGGUUUCAUGAAAGGGAUCGCGCUGCCUGUUUUGUCAAAGUGAUCAGUAUUGCUGUGCCUGUAGCAAGACUUUUGAAAUAUCCUGUAGAGUAGAGUGUGCCUUUAUGUUUUUAUGAUUCUCAUAUUUGUGUCGCGCGCCGUCGGCGGGACGCACCGGUCGCCAGUAGGACUUUAAGUGGCGUGCAAGUACUUCCCUCGUUGCGAUAGUGGUAAGGAAUCGAGCUUUAUGUUUAUAUAAUAAGAUCUUUUUUGUUUGUAUAAAAGAUAAAAAUAGAGGGACCGAUGCCUUCCGCCAAAGUCGCCCGCUGGCUUGCCAGCAACGCUGCAGAAAAUGCCGCAUAUUGUUUUGUACUGUGAAUUAUCAUUAUGUUUAAUUUGAGCAUGAAUGAUUUAUAAUAUUAAUAAAAGACUUUACUUUCGUACACUGAAAACAAA